AAUUUCCGACCUGUAUCACUCCUUUUUUUUUGGGGAGCCUUGCAGUUGGUCAAAUUGGCAUAGAGGUGAUUUAUUUAUCUUGCUGUACUGUUAUUCACUUCAGCAAUUGCCUGCCUGCUCUUUUGCAGCUGCAAUUGUUCUUACUUUGGCUUUGACGCCCGCAACCGUAAUUUGACUGAUGCCCCAUCCCAAGUCCGAAGCUCGAAACUUUGCUGAACAGGAGCCGACACCUACGCCAGCUACUCAAGCUCCCCGUCCAUCGCCUUGAAAGCGAUACAAUGACUUGAGACGAACCGCGCUAGCCUUCCAUAUAAAACACGCCUACACACAUACAGACAGUUAUCGAAAAUGGGCGUGCGGCGCGUGCGUAUUCUCAUUACUGUCGUAGCCCUCUACAUUCUUGGGUCGUGGUACUACAAAUGGGGACCUCCCGACGUCCUCCCGCCAUUGGCACCGGACGGACAAUUGCAAGCAAGCCAGCAGAGCUCUAGCUCGAACGUCGUACGGUGGAAGAAGUUGCCGACUCGUUACCCAGCGGAAACGUUGGCUAAACUGCCUCGACAGGACCACAAAGUCAACAUCCCUCGGGUCCAAGCACCAAACCCACAAGAAGACCCUGUCGCCAAGAGUCUGCGAUUGCAGCGACUUGCCGCCGUUAAAGAAAGCUUCGUACAUAGCUGGGAAGGAUACAAGGCCAAUGCCUGGCUACGAGACGAAGUGAUGCCCAUUACUGGUUCGGCGAAAGAUCCCUUUGGGGGUUGGUCAGCCACCCUUGUGGACGCGCUCGAUACUCUAUGGAUUAUGGGCAUGAAGGACGAUUUUGACAUGGCCGUGAAGGCUUGCGACCAAAUUGACUUCGCGACGACAGCGACAAGGGACAUCAACGUCUUCGAGACAACAAUUCGGUAUCUGGGCGGGUUCCUGGCGGCAUACGAAUUGAGCGAGAAGAAAUACUCAACCCUGCUGAAAAAGGCCGUGGAAGUUGGGGAGUUGCUCAUUUGUGCUUUUGACACGCCCAAUCGUAUGCCUAUCAGUCGCUGGAAUUGGAAGAGUUAUGUCCGUGGCGAUUCGCAGAAAGCCCCUUACAGCGUGCUGGUCUCCGAAAUCGGGUCUCUCAGCCUCGAGUUCUCUAAAUUAUCUCAAUUGACGGGCGACCUCCGCUGGCACGACGCCGCCCAGAGGAUAUCGGAUGAGAUGGAGCAAGGUCAAAGCAAAACAUAUCUGCCUGGGAUGUGGCCCGUUGUCAUCGACGCCUCCAAAACCCCGAUCGCGUUCAACGGCGACACGUUCACGCUUGGAGGAAUGUCUGACUCGCUGUACGAAUAUUUCCCCAAGCAAUAUCUACUGCUAGGCGGCAUGCUUGAGCAGCCCAGAAGGCUAUACGAGGGCUUCAUCGAUGUGGCCAAGCAGCACAUGUUUCGUCGUGCCCUGAAUCCUGACAAUCUGCCGUUACUAUUUUCGGGCGAUGUUCGAAUAGCAAGUCCGCGUGACGCAGGUAAGGUAGUGACUACACCACGAGCGCAACAUCUCACAUGUUUUGCCGGCGGUAUGGUCGGACUAGCAGCCAAGAUAUUCGAACGUCCAGCGGACAUGGAGGUGGCGAUACAGCUGACCGAUGGUUGUGUCUGGGCAUACAACAGCACGCCAUCAGGGAUCGGGCCCGAGAUAUUCACCUUCAUCCCCUGUGAUCCAGACGAGGAGAAGGACGACUGCAAGUGGAGCGAGGAACGGUGGAUUGACGCUGCGCGCGAGCACUGGCGUCCGCAUCAAAAGGACAGGCCGGAUGCCUCAGAAGAGCAGAUUCGGGGCAUCAUCGAGAAGCGGAGGCUGCCGUUGGGCAUGACGGAAGUCAACGACCGGAAGUACAUUCUACGACCGGAAGCAAUCGAGUCGGUCUUCCUAAUGCGUCGCAUGACGGGUGAUGCCUCGUGGAUGGACAAAGCGUGGGCUAUGUUCGAAGCGGUGGAGAAGCACACCCGUACCAAGGUGGCUGCCGCUUCGCUGGACGAUGUAACGAUGGAAAGCCCAUACCAAGUCGACAGCAUGGAAAGUUUCUGGCUCGCGGAGACGCUGAAGUACUUUUAUUUGGUAUUUAGCGACUGGGAUGUGGUUGAUCUGGAUACAUGGGUGUUGAAUACAGAGGCACACGCUUUCAGACGUGCGGACGCGGCGUGAUUUACUGCGUCUAUCAUUGCGAUACCAUCGUAAUGCUGGCAAAGGACCAGGGGUAUAGAUUUGAUUUCGAAGCACGUAGUUCGUUAGCAAUGCAAGACGUAACAUAUGGUGAGGUCCUUACAAGGCUUAUGCGUUGA